AUGGACAAGCCAGCGGCCAAAUCAACCCGAAAACCAAAGGAUGUGAAGGACACCCCAGAAUCAGAGCCCAAUCAUCGAGGUCCAAACUCAAAGCAAUUGACUUGGUUAAGAGCAUGUCGCAAAGGCGACCUAGCCGAAUGCAAGAAGCUUUUGGAGACAGAUCCAGAUCUCUUACAUUAUGUGCCACCGCAUCAUCUAAACUACUCGUCUGUACAUAUAGCAACACUUGGACGACACUAUGAGCUGUUGAGAUUUUUCAAAAGUAAGAACGCUAACUUCAACGCAACAACUAGAACGGGAUAUACGCCACUUCAUUUGGCAGCCCAAAAUCAGGAUCAAGAAACAGUACGAUUGCUGAUAAGGGAAUUUGGCGUGGACACUAGGAUUCAUGAUCUUCUCGGAUACACUUAUGAACACUAUGCAGACUGGUUGGAUUAUCCUGAUUACCAUGAAUUGACGCCUCGAUUGACCCAGUGCGGAAAUCUAUUGUCACCUGUCAUCGGUGUGCUUAUCGGUGAGGACGAGCCUCGAGAGGACUGGUAUCGUUAG